GUGGAACCGGCCACGGGAGGAUAAAGGCAAGAGUUCCGAGAGUCAGUGGAGCCUAUAGAGAGGAGAGCUGGAGGCUCCAGAGUAAAACUUGAUGAGAGACGCAAACAUCCACCAUUUCUAGGCCAAGUCCGUCCUCGUAGUUCAGGUGUGAGACCAAUCAUGCUGCCACUGUGAGCUCCUGGGAGAUUGUAUGGGCCCUGCGAUGGCAGCUCUGGCAGGUGUGAAGCCAGGGACUGGACAACGGGCAGGUGACGGGAGGCUGUCCUGGCCAGUUUUCCUGCUGACACUAGCGGCUGUCACCUCCUCCUCUCUUUCAGCUUUGUCCCUGUACCAACUGAUUGCUCUCCGAGCUGAGGUAGAGGGACUCAAAUCAGAGGUCUGUCGAAGGAGAGAAGAGGGACAAGAAGCCAAGCAUGGAGGCCAGACUGAGAAUAUCAGUAGCAGGAGAAGCAGCCAAGGUCCCCUUCAGCAACCUGAGUCUCAGCAUGCUUUCACCCACAUAAGGAGGAGGAGAAUGGUGGCUGGAACAGAGACAUUAGUUGCUCAGCCUUGCCUGCAGUUGUUGGCAAACAACAGCAGGAAAACCUUCAGGAAAGAGUUUGCCUUGGAGCUACACACAGGCAUCCCCUGGCAGGCUGGACUGAGGAGGGGCUCUGCCCUGGAGGCAGACGGAGACAGCAUGUUAGUCAGAGAGGAGGGCUUCUUCUUCGUGUACAGUCAGGUCUACUACAUGGACCGCACCUUUGCAAUGGGUCACGUGGUGAUCCGGAGGAAGAGGAUUGUGGUUGGAGACGAGCCUCAGUAUGUGAUCUUGUUCCGUUGCAUCCAGAACAUGAACCCUGUCUAUCCUUACAACACCUGCUACACAGGAGGUAUUGUGAAGCUGGAAGUCGGGGACCACUUGGAGCUUCUGAUCCCCCGUUCCACAGCGAACGUGUCCCUGGAUGGAGACGCCACCUUCCUGGGUGCUGUCAAACUGGCUUGAAGUAAAUCCCCUCACUUUGGACCCAACGGACGCUGUUGUCAUGGGGAAGAGGUGUCAUAUUGGAAAGAGAGGGAGCAACAAGGCAUAAUUCUGCUGACCUUGCCUGACUUUGGCUGUUCGAGAGAAGAAUACAGGAAGCAGCCAUUUCUGCACUGGCUGAAUGAUAGACUGUGUGACUCCUUGCUAGUGCAGCCUGAGCAGACAUGAAGGGGACUAUGAGUUGAUGGCAUAGUCUUUACUCUUUAUAUACACUUUAGAUGCACCUCAGAGCUACAGCUUUAUUGUGUUCAUUUCUACCACACAUCGAGGCAAAAUAUUGUAAAUACAUCCAAAAUCCAGUACAUUUUCUUGCAAUAUUCACAAGCACAUGACAUGGUUUGACUUGUAGGAGGUGUGUUACUUGUGUGAAAUCAUUCAUAUACUCUUAAAUGCACUGAUCAAUAAUUUUUCCUUCUGUAGCAGCAACAUUAAUAUACCACUGAAAUAGUUCUUCUCAUAUGCUUCAUUUUUUUUAAAAACGUUAACAUAAACAGUCUGGUUAUCUUCUAAAUGCCACAAUUGGAUUUAAGUUUACCCAUAUAUGUCUGAAUGACGUGAAAAUUCAGAUCCAAUAAAGUGACAGUACUUGCUCGAGAGAUGACAUCAUCUGGAGUGUGGUGGGAGGCUGUCGUUCCAACAUUGUCCACUAGAAAGAGGCACAUGUAGGCACAUGAUGUGGGCACAAUCAGAGGGGCUGCUCAAGUAAUUUCUAGUGCCUGAGGACCAUGGAGGAAACACUGAAAUAUCCAAAAUGGAUAAUUCUUCAGUUUAUAUAUUGUUACGCUAUUAAUCAACAUAAUAUUUAGAGUACAUUAUACAGUCGGACUGGGCAAUAAUUCAAUAUAAUCUUUUAUUGAUCUUUUGUAGAAUUGUAUUGUAAUGAUAUAUGAUAUUAACAUUAUGUCAUAUAGUAUUAUUUUAUAAAUGUCUGCUGCACAAAUUAAUGAUAUUAUAUUUAACAUUUUCACAGUAUUGAAAAUCAAUGUUUAUUUCAGAUGAUUUUGCAUAAAUUUGGCAUAUCAUGAUAUAUUCUAUAUAGAUAAUGGGAAACUAUAAAUAUUGUGACAUUGAUCUCAGCCAUAUCACCUGCCGCUAAUAUACCAUACUUUUUACAUAAAGAUAUAGUUUGAUUGAAACAACUGGAUGCUAUCUGUCUAUAAGGGAGCAACUAAAGUGACUAACACACUGCUGGAAAAAUUAAGUGCCUCAUUCUUGGCUACAGAGGUUUUGUUUGGUGGUCUCUCUUCUUUUGGAAUUCUGCGCAGCAACAAAUUUUGAGGUAACUUGACCUAAUUUUUACUCGUCGGUUUUUAAGGAGCCGUGUGUUUUGACAAAAGCAGGGUCAGAAAAACGUUUUGGUAAUGCAAACAGGAGAUUCAUGUGAGAAACCAUUCAUCGGUUUGAAGAAAAAUAUAAAAUAGAUUUUUUCUGAUGAGAAAAAUGUGAAAAAUCCACAUUUGGGGCAAGACACCCCCCAGUGGUUUGGGGCAAAAUGCCCCAGGGAAAGCUUCCAACGCCUCCAUGUGUUUCUAUGUAAUCUGAUUUUUGUUGAUGUGUAAAAAUGAAUAA